AUGCACAUCUCUCUACCACCUUCCCUUCUCUCCUUUCUUACAUGUUUUCACGUCGUCGCCGCUAUCACAAGUUAUCCCAACUUGUUUGUGGAUCCGAACUUCUUUCUCAACAAGGCUCUUUGGCCAAAGAACACUCAGCUUGCGGAGGAUGCGAUCAUUCAGGGCGCCAAGGAUUUGGCUGUACAAGGCCCUUGGGCUGUGACGAACAAGACAAUCCUUCCCCCUAACAAUGAUACCCAUACGUACUACAGUUGGCCUCCAUAUGCCUGGCCGGAUUGCUCCAAAGUAGGAAAUAAGACAGUCCUCACUCCGGAGCAGAUCUGGGUUACAUGCCCUUACGUGACUCGCGAUGGGGAGUUCAACCCUGAUCAACACCUUGUCAACAACACGGGGGCAUUCAUGGCCCUCGCAGAUACCAUAUUCUACAAUGCUGUUUCGUGGAGCAUCACAGGAUCAGAUAGUUAUUCGAAACAAGUCAUAACCCUUUUUUCAACCUGGUUCCUCAAUCCCAAUACGUACAUGAAACCCAAUUUGAACUACGCUCAAACUCUCCGCGGGCCUGGCGUUCAGAUCGGCCAACAUACGGGGGUGUUAGAUUUGAAGUGCAUGGCGAAAAUCGCGAGUGGCGUCUUGAUGCUCAAGUUGGGAAAGAACUCGGAUUGGACGGUAGAGAUCGAUACUGGGAUGAAGAAUUGGUUGCACGAGUAUAUCGUGUGGAUGACAACGAACACGCUUGCAUUACAGGAGAGGGCCUCGACGAAUAACCACGGGACGUUUUACUUUAAUCAACUUACGGCACUUUAUCUGCUGGCUAAUGAUUGGGCUGGUGCCAAUGCUACACUUCAAGCGUAUUAUUCUGGAAUCUAUCAGAAUCAAAUCUUGGCGAGUGGGGAACAGCCCUUUGAGGCUGAGCGGACACAUCCGUAUCAUUAUCGGGCAUACAAUCUCGCGGGCAUGAUCACGAUGGCCAGACUAGCCGGGUACAUCGGUUGGGACACUUGGUCCCUCCCAACAAAGAACAACGGAACAAUUCAAAAAGCGACCGAUUACGCCAUGUCGUUCGACCCAGCUGCUUCGAACGAAAGUUAUGCGUUGAACGAAAUGUUUUACGUCGUUGGGGAUGUGGCGAGUAAGUUUGGAGACCCAAGUGGGAAGUAUAAAGCUUUUUUGGUAGUGUGAGUAUUUGUUUACUCACUUCUCGGUGCCAUAUCCCCUGGCGGAGUCCUGAGCAGUUGGCUGAUGAUGGUGUGUUGGGUGUAGAGUGGACCCCUCGGAGCCGUUCUUCCUUUGGACUGAGAAUACAAAGUGAGUGGCCGUAUGGCAACUCAUCAUUCUCCAUGGAAGGCUUUCUUCCACCAAUGGUUGUUUUACGCUAUGUGUAUCAUUGACAUUCCGCUAGGUCUGGAGAUCUUAUCAGUUCGAACUCAACGCAAACGACCAGUUCAUCGAUGCCGACGUCAACGGGG